UGAGUUGAGAAUACAUUGAGGGGGGAACUGAAAAUUCAUGGAAGUUAGGGCUCUCCCGCUGCGUCCCAACUUUCGCAUUUUUUGCUUCCCGCUGCCCCCCGCCCUGGCCAUUUGCUGUUUCUCCCUUCCCGUCCUCCUAAAUCCUCAUCUUCUCUCUCAGCGUCUGCUCUCUCACAGACCGAAGGUUUUGGGUUUCUGGUGAAUUCUGGAGGGAGGAGCGAGUUCAUUGAUAUGUUGCUAUUUUUCUUUGAAUGCACUCUGAUACUCUGAGUUAGUACUUGGACUGCAUAUUACGGAUGGAUUGCAACAAAGAUGAAGCCAUCAGGGCCAAGGAAGUUGCAGAGCAGAAGAUGCAAAAUGGUGACUUUGAAGGAGCUCGGAAGAUUGCACAGAAGGCUCAACAACUUUUCCCAGAACUUGAGAAUAUAUCACAACUGCUAACAGUCUGCAAUGUUCACUGUUCAUCUCAGGAUAAAAUACGUGGGUCAAAAAUGGACUGGUAUGGAAUCCUUCAAGUUCAAAGAUUUUCUGAUGAGGUGACCAUUAAGAAGCAAUAUCGGAAGCUUGCACUUGCUCUUCAUCCGGAUAAAAACAAGUUUCCUGGUGCAGAAGCUGCUUUUAAGAUUAUAGGGGAAGCAAACAUGGUUCUUUCGGACCAAGUAAAACGUUCUCUAUAUGAUAAUGAUUGCAGAAAUUCAAUUAGAAUCAAUCCAAGUUCAUCCAAUGGCCGGAAAACAUUUUGGACAUCCUGCCCUUUUUGUUCCGUGAAGUUUAACUAUUGUGCACAAUUUGUCAACAAACCCAUGCAGUGUCUGACUUGCUCGAAACCCUUUAUUGCUUAUGAUCUAGGUGCUGCCCGAUCCAGCCAUGUUCAGCCUGUACGUGCCCAACAGAAUGGACCACAAAGUUCUGCUGGGUUCUUCCCUGUGAGAUCACAAGAUUCUGCUGGGUUCAUCCCUAACAACAUGAGAUAUCAGGGAAAUUUUAGCUGUAAAACCAUGGGGUCAGAACCGUUGUCAAGGGCAGGGAAUGCUGCUGUGGGUGUUGGGGGUGCUACAACCAAAAUGGAACAAAAUGAGUGUACAAAUCAAGGGGGUGCGAGGGAAAUGGCAGGAUCAGACAAGGUUGAUGCAAUGAAGCCUAAGGACUCAAGAGGUAAGAAGGAAUGGGUUAGAUCAGACAAGGUUGAUGCAAUGAAGCCUAGGGAGUCAAGACCUUCAAGAAAUACAAGCAAGAAAAGAGCACGGAGAUUGGAAGCAGAAUCUGAUGAAAGUUGUGAUGUUGUGACAAGUGCUGAUAAUGACAAGAAUCCUGCCCAGCAGAACUCUGGAGUUAAUGGAGUCAAAGACACCAACCAUCCCCGGAGAUCAUCUCGAAAAAGACAGCAUGUUUCCUACAAUGAAAACCUUAGUGAUAAUGAUGAUGAUGCGAUCCCUGUUAAUAUAUCAGGGGAGAGUGGACCAUUAAAAGACAAGAAAGGAGAUCCGAAAGAAGAAUCCUUCACUACUGAUUCAACUGGUUUUGCUGCUGCUGUAGAUGGUGAUAAGGAAUGUAACAAACAAAAAGGAAAUGGCCAUCAUCAUGGAAACUUGCGAAACAGUUCUGAAGCCUCAGAAUGUGAGGCGAAUGGAGUCAUGGAAAAUCACAAUGCUAAGACAUAUCAAAUAAUUGAUGAUUCUGAAUCAGAUUCAGAUUCAGAUUCUGGUUGUGUUCCAGAGCCUGAGUACUAUGACUGUCCUGAUACAGAGUUCUAUGAUUUUGACAAGGAUAAGGAGGUCAAUUGUUUUGCUGCCAAUCAAAUCUGGGCUUGUUAUGACCCAACUGAUGGUAUGCCAAGAUUUUAUGCUCGAGUCAGGGAAGUGUUUUCACCUGAAUUUAAAUUGCAGAUCACUUGGCUAGAGUCUCAUCCAGCGGAUGCCAAUGAGAUCAAUUGGUUGGACAAAGGCUUGCCUGUUGCUUGUGGCAGAUUUAUUCAUGGGGACUCUGAAGAAACUAUGGAUCGUCUUGCAUUCUCUCAUCAGGUCCAUUGUGAAAAAAAUAGUAGAGGCACUUAUGUAAUCUAUCCCAGAAAAGGACAAACUUGGGCUCUCUUCAAGGACUGGCACAUUAGCUGGAGUUCCCACCCAGAAAAUCAAAAGUUCAAAUUUGAAAUUGUGGAAGUCAUGUCAAAUUUUGGUAAGGGUGAUGGCAUUAAGGUUGCCUACUUGGAUAAAGUGGACGGGUUUAUCAGCGUGUUCCAGCGUAGAAUUGGGGAAGGGAAUAAUAUAUCAUUUCUGAUACCACCUGGUCAGUUACUUAGAUUCUCUCAUCAAAUUCCCUCAUUCAAGUUGAUUGGCACAGAAAGAGAUGGUGUCCCUGAUGGAUCUUUUGAACUUGAUCCUGCCUCCUUGCCUAAGUUUGAUGAGUGUGCCAACUUGAAGAUGGAGGCUGGGAACUUGAAUUCUGAAGCUACUGGUUCAGAUGCUAAAUCUCCAGAAAAAAGUAUGAAAUCCAUGAAUGGUGAUGAGAAGAAAAAUACACCAAAAAAAGGUGUUGGCCUUGAAGGAAAUAAUGAUCUUCAGAAGGAGUUCAGACUUAGAAGAUCCCCGAGGCAGGUAACUGACAAAGGUGUAUACAAUCAAAUGAAUACUGCUCAAUAUCCAAUUCAAGGGGGAACUCCCAAAGAUUUAGCUGGUGUAAAAGACAAGAAAGGUGGUGAUGUUACUCCAUCAAAAAGAAGCAAUUCAUCAUUUCAAGGUGAUGAAGCAAUAAAUUUACUCAUGGAGGAUGCAAGUCCCCAGAGAUUUGCAAAAAGUCAUAGCAUUCCAGAUUUUCACUCUGGUGGCAAAAUCUUAGAAGAGUUUCACAAUUUCAAUGGGGACAAAUCUGAAGGUAAGCUUCAGUCAGGUCAGUUAUGGGCUUUAUAUAAUGAGGAUGGUCUGCCUAGGAACUAUGCUCAGGUUAAGCAGAUUGAAUCUUGUCCACUCCGGUUGCAUGUGGCUAUGCUUGAACCCUGUACUGUGUCUAAAGAUGGUGUCCAGGCUGUUUGUUGUGGGACUUUCAGACUUCAAAAUGGAAGGUCCAGGAUCCUUUCUCCCACUGCCUUCUCACAUGCAAUAGAAGCAGAAUCCAUCGGCAGGAAUAGAUUUGAAAUAUAUCCGAGGAAAGGGGAAAUUUGGGCAUUAUUUAAGGACUGGAAAGGUGAUAUGUCAUCUUUGGACCUAAAACACUGCAAGUGCAUGAUUGUUGAAGUUCUUGAAGAUAAUCAGGAUGGCACUAAGGUUUCACCUUUGAUUCGUCUGAAUGGCUUCAAGUCAGUUUUUAAGGCUCCAAGAAGAGGCAGAUCAAGUAGUGGUUAUAUGGAGAUACCCCGGGCCGAGUUAGCAAGAUUCUCGCACCAAAUUCCGCGUUUUGAGCUUACAGGGGAGAACGAUGGUUAUCUGAGAGGUUGUUGGGAGCUUGAUCCCUUGUCGAUUCCAGGUAAUCUCUUUGGUGCAGAUUAAGUUGUGAGGCCAGCCUGCGCCUGCCCACAGCAGAAUGCUACUUGUGAAAAUGGCCAACUCAUUUCGCAGCUUGUUCAUAAAAUACAAUUAAUUUUGUUUCUAUCUCAAACCAGUAAUGAUCCUCAAGAACUUUUGCUGUCUUCUUCGGAGAAGACCUCCUCCUUGACUUGAGGGCACCCUCAGCUUGCCCUCCUAGUAGGUAACCGGCGGCGAGGGCGUAGUUUGCAAUCUGACCAGCAUAACCAACUAUUGGGAAACUGUUCUUGUAAGGUUUAGAACCGACUCUGGUUUUUGUCUAUAAGGAGCCGUGUACCUACCUCUUUAAGUCAAUGCCUUACCUUUGGUAGAGCAUUGCUGUGUUUUUCAAGCAUCAAUGGAUUGGUAUCGGUUGAAUUA